CUCUCUCUCUCUCUCUCUCUCUCUCUCUCUCGUCUUUACUCUAUUCCAAUAUUUGUUUCUUUUUUCUUUUUCCUCCAUCUCUCCUUUUAUCCCUCACAUUAAGUUUGUCUUUUCAUCGAUAAAGGAAAAAUGACGGCUAAAAAUAAGUGCCUCUCUCAUUACCACCAAUGUUUCCUGAUAAGAUAAUUAAUGCCGGCAGGCACGGCAUUAGAUAAAUGUGUUAUAUACGUGAUAACAUUUUUAACAAAUACGGACCAAUGGCCUUGGCUCUCGACUUAGUCAGCAAUCUUUAUCAUGCUUUGCUUCUGUCUAUGUCUCGUUUUCAUUUCCUCCAUAUCAUUUUUUCAUGGCUAUCCAUCCUCUCGGUCCAGCUGAUUACAAUUUCGUCCUCUGGAACCGAUUUCCCUUGUCUCACCUCUACUCUUGGUUGCCUCUCUGUCCGACCCUUACCCUGUGCCUUAUUAUCGUUCCUCCUCAUUCCCUGCUUUAAUGCCCAUCCUCCCUCUCCCCUUCCCUCCCCUUCCCACACACGCCUGUACAGGUCGAACAGGUCUUGAGCUGGCCGUGGGAUUUUCUUACACUGCUCCCUGCUCUCGCGGGUGAAGCGCAGGGAAGCGCCCGAGGUCCCUGGAGACUUUGCCAUGAAUUGCGAGAGGACUGCCGUGGCGCGCGGCGUCCGCCACGUGCCGCAUGCACGCACGCUGGCCCCGGCGAAGGGAAGGGAGCUGCGUUCUGGGCCGAGAGUGAGGACGCUGCCAGCGGUGAUGCCAGGCCGCUUUCCGCCGAGCAGACUAGGCUUCCGGGCGUCGUCAAGAUGGUGCGGGAUGGAGGCAGAAAAAGUGACAGAGUUCAUCUCCUAUACACAGGCUGACCCAGUCCUCGCUCGACUUUUUUUGCAGAGCGAGAACUGGGAUGUAAAGGCCGCUGUGCAGCUCUUUUCGGUGCUAAGAGGGGCCAGUCCCUUUCAUCACUCAGGGUCGGUGCGAACAUCUGCUCCCCCCAACUUCAACCCUUCAGUUAAGCCUCCUGUAGCUCCAAAACCAGUCCUAAUUGACCACAAGCCAAAUGUAGAUUUGAGAUAUGCAGGCGAUGUACGAUCAGCAGCACCAAGAUUGGCUCCCUUGCCACCUGCAAGAACAAGGAAAGUUGCUGUCUUGCCGAAGCUCCCACACGAUGGAUCAGCAGCAUUGUCAUCACCUCACCUCCUUCCUCCAGUGGGACAGGACAACCCCUCUAGUGGAAGCAUGCUGAUAGACACUUAUAAUCAGCAGGGGGUGACACCGCCGCCAAGAACUGGUAGCUUGCCACCUCUCCAGAAAGGUCUUGGUGGGUAUAAUCAGUGUGCAAACAUCUCUCAAGGGACAGAUGUUUGUUCAUCCUCAUGUGCAACCUCACUGACACCUUCUCCUGUGCCUAGUAUAAACAAAGGUUCAUCAAAGCCUCAUAGCGGAAGUGCUAAAAAUGCCCUUCUAAUAGAAAAAGUUCGUGGCACUUCUAUUGGCUUUUCUGAGAGCCAGAAGAAUAUAGUACAUGAUGGUGCCACAAGGGCUUCCGUUAUGCCUAACAACACUCCAACUUCUCAAAUAACUGUUAAUAGUAGCUGUAUUAUAAGUGUUAAUAAUCCUAAUAACAAUACCAAUAAAAACAAUAAUAUCUACUUAGAUGACUACACACCACCUUCUGGGAAUAUCUCAGGGAAUGUCCCCAUCUCAAGCCAGACAACGAACAGUGUUUACAAUACCUUAUCAUCAUGUUCAUCGUCCCUUUCCUCAACUAUGCAGGCUGCUUCCAAAGACUCGUUAUCAUACUCAUCAACAGCUGUGCCUUCUGCUACUGGUCCGUCGUGUGUUAUUAUUUCUGCACCCAUUAAUAGUGUGGAAACUAAUACUAAAUCCCAUAAAUUGACACAGAAAGCAUUAUCAAGGGAGUAUUUGUAUCCUCCUGGGAGCAAGGGCAUUAGCGACCGAGAUACAAAUUGUAAAUGUGAUUGCAAAGAAUCUCACUCAGUAGAUAAUAACAUAGGAAAAAGCCCUGUCUCAGAACGUGAAAGUAAGAGGCUACAGAAAAUUGAAAAAAAGCAAGCAUUAGAAGAUGAAGUGGAUAAAGCCUUGCAUCCUGAUAUCGCUCAGCUAGCAACUUCAGCCUUGGGAAUAGGCUCAUCUUUAUCAGCUCCUUGCUCUCCUGCAAAGCCUCUUUUGCGCAAAACUGAGGCAGUUGACUUGGAGGAGUAUGACUAUUAUAAGAAGCUGAGUCGUGGAAUAUCUAAGGCAACAGACAAUGUUAACAUUGUAUCAAAGGCUCGAUCUGAAUUUGCCCAGGAGAUCUGGGAGGCCAUCGACUCAAGCCGAACUCCAUUCUUUAUUGAAACUCCAAUCUUUACGUUCACAUUACCUGAUCUUAGUAUAUAUUCAGAUGAAUUUCGAAUGUUUUUGGAACGUGACUUGAUAGAGACAUCUACAUUAGUGUCAUUAGAAGGUGCUGGACGUCUUAACUGGUGGGCAAUGGUGGGAGCAGCUCAAAGACUCUGGCCUUUAGCAACCACAGGAGAUGGUAACUGUUUGCUGCAUGCAGCUUCACUAGGAAUGUGGGGUUUUCAUGACCGCUUGUUGACACUGCGCAAGGCUUUGCAUGAAUUUUUGACUCGCAGUCAUUUUUGCCGUCCAUUGUGGAGACGCUGGAGAUGGCAAGUCACACAGCAGAAUAGAGAAACUGGUCUGGUAUAUAGCAAAGAGGAAUGGGAAACAGAGUGGGCCAAUGUGCUGCGCUUGGCCUCCAGUGCACCGCGAGGAGGCCAGGAAUCAGGACAGGAGGAGGGAAAUGAAGGUGUCCAGAGUAAAGAGAAAGUCCAUACCAAAAGCGACACUAAUUCAGAUAUCUCGGCUGCUAGCAAGAGACUUAGCAAUGGGUUUCUUACUAGUCAGGAUGAUGACUGCACUGGGAGAGUCUAUGAGAGCUUAGAAGAGAUUCAUGUGUUGGCUUUGGCUCAUGUAUUACGCCGUCCCAUUAUUGUUGUGGCUGACUUAACUCUCAAGGAUGUGAGUGGAGAACCACUGGCUCCCAUUCCUUUUGGAGGUGUGUACCUGCCACUUGAGUGUCCACCCAGUGAAUGUCAGCGAUCCCCUUUACUCCUCACAUAUGAUGCUGGCCACUUCUCGGCUCUUGUUGUCAUGGAAACUCAGCAGGAUUCAAGUGCUGCUCAGCUACCUGCUGUGAUUCCAGUGACAGACUGUUGUCAUGAUCUGCUUCCCAUCCAAUUUGUUAUUGACCCUGGGGAUGAUUUCCUCUGGGGAGAAGAUGACCUGAAUCCUACAAUCAUUCAGAAACUGACCAUCACUAAUCAUGACAAAAUUGGGCUCCUUAAUGAGUACUUGGAUAUUGCACAGGUGCCAAUUCCACCUGACUACCUUGAGGCCUGCCAAGUAGUUGAUGAUGCAGAUUCACCUGAAAAUUACCAUCCAGAAAUUGAGAAAAAGUCAUCUGAAUCAAGUUUUGAUUCAGAUGAAGGUCCACCUUACUCUGAUGGGAUGGGUGGAAUUUUUGCAAGCAAGAGCAAGGCUUCAAAGCAACUGCAAACAGUUGCUAAACAGUUUGGCAGCAUAGGUAAGUCAAUGUCCAAGAAAAUCAAGAAAAACUUUGGAACCUUAUCUAAGCUGGGUAGGGCAGGCUCUUUCAAGAAAAAAGAAGAGUAUGUGAAAACUUGCAGUCUUGCAAAAAACAACCGCAUGUUGAAAAUAUCUACACAUCAGAAUUUUAUACUAGCUGCAAUGAUUCACACUGAAAAGCGACAUGCUUAUCAAGAGGAGAUGGUGCGAAACUACCUAAACACAGCACGGAGACGAUUUGAGAAGGACACAGAACUACGUAAGCGUCAGGAAGAAGAACUCAAGCAGUUGGAAUUGGAGCUAGAGCAUCAGGCUGUAAUGGAAGGGCCAGUUCAGUGUAUUAACCCAGGUUGUAACAUGUAUGGCACUGCAGUGACAUCUUACAUGUGUUCUUCAUGUUUCUCUAAGCAGCGUGAGCAGGAACAGGAGUAUAAGCGACAGACAUCCUGUAAUCUUAAUUCCCCAAAGGCUCAGCAUUACAAGGUUGAUGGACCACAGUAUGGUGCUGGCAAGUCCAAAUUUUAUGCUGAACUUGAUGCAGCAUCUGUCCUAAAUGCCACCAAAAUCCCAGUUGUACAAGCUCUUUCUACCAAGAAGGAUGGCACACUUUUUCUCUCUAAUUCAACUUUCUAUAGUGACACUUCAGCUAUUCCAAGCUGUAAUGUAACAAAGUCGCAAACAAGUUCUACCACCAAAGGUCAGUCCAUAAGCACAGAGUCUGAGAUGCAGAAUUCACAAAGCACUGACUCUACCCAAGGUCAUUCUUCUCCAUCAAUGCUAUCAACAACAAUGAUGAAUCAGGUUUCAGAUAGUUUCACGCCAGUGGCUGUUGAUGAUGUUGCAGUUUGUAUAAGGGCAGAAAGUAGAGGGGAUAGUUCAUGCCAGCCAUGCUUGAUGCGUGAUUGCAAGUUUUAUGGUAGUUCAUCAACUGGAGGUUACUGUUCCAGGUGUUAUCAGGAACAUCACACGAUGGGAAUAGGUCCCAAAAGUGUUAUAGUCCAGCAGAUAAAGUCUGUUGAACUAUAGCUUAUAGUUGAUAUUGUGAUGUUGAUUGAUAGGAAAUAAAAUGCCUGUAAUAUUGUAUUGAGUUCAAGUUUUUGGUGUUUUGACCCUCAUUCAUAUAGCUUAUGGGCAUUUUCUUUUUCUUUUUUUUCAUCUAGUCGUAGUGCCAUAGUCACUGUGAAAGAAAUUGGUAGUAUACUGAAUUUGAUAUGAAAUUUUAAGAAUAAAACCUAGUGCACUUAUCCUAACACUAGUUGGAGAUAGAUGUGCCUUGAAUUUGAAGGGUUUUAAAGAAACAUUUUUUUGGAUAUUUCUGAUGUUAUAGAGAUUGUUUAGGAUAACAAAGUGAAAGAAUGUGUAUCCAUCACAUUAUUUUGACUUGAAAAAUAGGAUGAAGCUGUUUCUGUACUAGUGUGUAUAAUGAGUAACAGGGACAGAGCUCAUGUGUAUUCUUUUUCACCUUUCAUAUUGUUGAUAUUCAUGAGGAAUGCAUUGAUGAGUCUACCCUGCUUGUCAUAUGCACAGGGAACAUGAAGGUUUUAGAUGGCAUGAAAUAUGUAUCCUCAUCGUAGAUAAGAUAAUUGUAUUUUUCUUGAGCAGUUUUUCAUGACAUGAAUGUUAUCUUGAAAGCAUCUUGACAUUGGCUGUGCGAGAUGUUUAUUUCUUUGAAAUUUUCAGGAUUUAUAUCCAGUAAUCAUAUUGUACAGUUUGUUCCACUGAUAUACUUUUUGUUGUUCUGUGACAAAAUCAUAUUAAAAUCACCUUUUCUAUCUACUUUCAUAUUAUAUUUGAAGACAAGGGUGCUAAUGGCUUGUAAUUUUUCAGCCUCAUUGAUGCAACUUUGUGACCAACUACUGUUAGUAAAGGUGAUCUUGACCCUGGGAGACAUUGUAUUGGUAUUGCACAAUGUUUUAUUUAUGCAAAAUGAAGUGGAAUUACUCUACAUCAGACUUUCCAUAUAUGCACAUUUACACAAAAAUCAGAAAUUGAAUCUCAUUAAGGCAUAUACAAUAAAUGAAGUGUAAUUAUAGAGUAUAAUAAAUCUCGGAAUUCAAGUAGAACACAUUUGGAUUAUUGGAUGGUUCACAGAGUCUGUCAAGAUGACCCAAACACAUAUUCAGUUAUGAUGUAGCCAUAACAUCUGAUUUCUAAGAACAGGUUUUAUCACAAAUUA